CUGCAGGGUCAGAUGCAGUGGAAAACGUGUCGGUGAGAUGGGACCCAAAGUGGUGCACAAAGUCCCUGUGUCGACUCCGCUUCAUGAUCUUCCCCACGUCCUUGAAGACUUUCCUCGCCAGCUGGCCCUUCUCCUCUGUGCCGAUACGGAGACUGUGCUUCGAAUUACAUCGCUCCAACAGCUGCACAAUGUCCAGGUAGUCGGGAAACUCAUCCAGUCGCAGCAGUCUCUGGACUCUGCGGUUUACCUCGGGGUACGGCGUCCCCUCGUAACCUUCUCUGUCCUCGAUCACGAUGCUGUCGCUGACGUGCUGGAGCUCGCAAAGCUCCUGCCACGUCUUGAUGAACUUUCUCUUGAGCAGGUCCUCCUUGAUGUAGGUGCUGUAGCCGCUGUUCAUCUCGUCCAGGCUCAGCUCUGCCUCCGCGCACUUCUUUAUUUGUCUGUCUAGGAUUUCCAGCCGCUUUUCGAGCUUCUUGAGCCGUAGCUUUUUCCUCUGACGUCUUUCCCGUAGAGCUGUCGCGUUCAGUGAGGAGACACCCGGCGUCUCUGUCGAUGGCGCGUCCUCUGAAGAACUGCCUAGUACCUCCAAGACCUCCGGACAUCUGUUAGUUGCCAUCAUCCCCACUGCAGUGGCUGGAAGCUUUGUGAAAAUACUGUGCGCUGUACUUUGACCUUACUUUGCACAUGCGCGAAAAAUGUCCUCCUCCGAAGUCCGUAAUCUUCGGUCUCUGCCGGUGAGGCGUGCCAACGCCGCCAAGAAGAAACCGGCGACUUCUCCCUUUUCGGUAGCCGACCCGUCCUUCUGCCCGCUCUGUGGCUGUAUCCUGCCGCUGCCUGGCCUCACGGACGUCAUCACUUGCAAACUCUGCUGCUUCAAACAGAAUACGGAGGUGUUUGAAGGAGUGGAAGAGUACUCCUGCAAGCAAUUCACAGAGAGGAAGGAGCACCAGAAAGUGGUUCAGAAGGGAGAUGGUCCUCUGGUUGAACACCUGUGUGAGAAAUGUGGCAACGAAGAAAUGACGUACACCACACAACAGACCAGAUCGGUGGACGAAGGGCAAACAGUGUUUUACACUUGUCCAAAAUGCAGGCACCAGGAAGUGGAGAAUUCCUGA